CUUUAUUUAAAUUUCCCGGGGUUAAUAAUUUCCAUGACGCUUCGUAUAGUGUCUCAAGAUUCGACCAAUCGAAUUCCUCAGUACAACACGUCAAACUUUGAUAGAUCGUUCUCUCUGAUUGGCCAAUCUACCUGGGACGGGAGAAAAGUUUGCGAUCAACAAGUGUUUUCGAAGUGUCUUCCACAUUUUUAGCAGUGAGGCUGUCUCCCAGUUGUCUCAGGCUGAAUAUACCCCACCUACAAUCACUCGGGGAACAAUAGAAACCUUAAAGAUAGACAAAAGAAACUUACUCAUGGAAAAUAGAAACUUUUUAUAGAAAGUUUUGACAACUUCAUCUCAAAUGAUUGAACUUUCAUCCAAACGAUAGAAACCCUAUAUAUGGACAUAUAAGAAGCUGCUGUCUUAGUAGAUAUAAACAGCAUAGGAAAAGUUAAUAUAUUGGAAACAUAACAUUGCACUUAACAUUGAGUUCAGCCCAUAUAUUCUCAUUUUCACUACCAGCAUGUGAGAAAAAGUUAUUAAAUCAAAUAGAGCUGGUCUAGUUAAUCCAUACACGGAUACAUAUGCAUAUGUACAUACGAGUAUAUAGUGAAAUGUCCACAGUUUUGGACUUGUGCCUUAGGAUCUUUGGAUUAACAUUUAUUUGAAGUAUGUCAUCUUUCAAAAGCCAUGUAUAUGUAAUGUAACCUACAUACUUACAUACAUAAAGUAAAGAAGUGUUAUAGGAUGAACAUACAGCCUUCAAUAUAUGAUGUGAAAUGCAUAUGUAGAAAUUCAGGAUUAAGUGAUUGGAUGUUUUGAUGUCAAGCGGUAUCUAUAGCAAUAAUACAAUUUGCAAAAAAGUCUUCCUGUUUUGUAUCGUGCCUCCCGGAACACCUGUCUUCCAGAUAGUGAAAUACUCCUUGGACCAGCAUUAUUUUACCAAUUUAUACAACCAACGCAAAUCUUAUGCAACACUACAACUGGAGAUGUGUGUACUCUAAAUGAGUCAUGAAUACAAGAUAUAAUUAAUAAACAAAAAGACGUAAAAUGACAAAAUAUAAACGUGGUGGUUUACCUACCGAUAGCAAAAUGGCAGAACUUGUAAAAAUCGAUGUGAAUCAUUUGACUGAGUCGGAGCGUGACCAGAUCAUGGCGGUUCUGAAGAGAGAUGACGAUCUAAGAAAGGCAAAUGAGAAAAAUAUCAGUAAACUCAAAGCUGAAAUCAAACUAAUUCGAAUAAAGGGGGCAGUCAAGGCAGAUCAAAAUGCUGAGAAGACAUGCUCAAGGUGCCGUACAGAGCUUGGUUUCUUUUUCAAUUCUGGUGAAAUGUGUCCAAAGUGCCACAGUAAAGUUUGUAAACUAUGCAAGGUGGUCGCCAAAGAUGGCAAGUGGCUAUGCACUCUCUGUUUCAAGCAAAUGGAACUUCAAUAUGCAUCAGGUGAAUGGUUCUACAAGAAUCUCCAAGAGAAAACUCAAAACAACAUAAAUCUCUCAGGUACAGAACUCGUCAGAGAAUCCAUCAGGAGGAAGCCACAGCGAAAUGGCCAAGCAGGGAGAAAUGUAGCAGAAGAUAUCAAACGUGCAAUUACAAACAAUAAUGCUGUCAAGUCGUUCCAUUCAGAUGAUGGGGAAUCUAGUGAUGCUAGCAUUCACCGUGUUGGUGCUCCUAAGGACUCUGAUAUGAGACGUCUGACUGACUUAAUACGUCUGCGAGGAAGUAGUCCUGAGGAGGAUGGUGGCCAUGUUGAGGUCAGAAAAGCACGAUCGCGCCAUUAUGAUAGCGAUAGUGACUCUAGCUCAUCAGGAGAUAGUAGAUCGGCAUCACCUGUACGCUCACUUACUGAUAAACCCAAAGUCAGACCCACAUCUGAACCCCUCGUUGCUGCUGCUGUUGUUGCUAAUGGUGCCCACCAUCUUGGAGAAAGUUCAUCUUCCCAGGAUGACAAUGUUGCUCUGGACCAAGGUAAGCUAGCCUUGGCGCUUACAGCUGACCCAAACACUGCUUUGCAAAAUGAUUUUAUGGCAGCCCAAACUGAGCAACAGUCUUCUCUUAGUGCCCACCCCCAUUCUAAAUCAGGAACUCUUAGUUUGACUAAUGAUGAUGAAUCUUUGUAUACUGUUGAGGAAAUAUCCAAGGUCACGUUUGAGAGAGUAUCUAUGAAAAAAAGGAAAGAAAAACAAAACUCAUUGGAACUUUCAGAUGAAGGUGCCCAGAACGAGCCACACCUUGAUACAGUCCCCGGAGAUGUGAUCUUUUGUCGACCUGGAGAAUCCAUCACAGAGAGCAGGGCCUCCAAUAAGGGUGGGGCGCCUGGUGGGAGAAGGGGGGUCACUUAUGAUACUAACAUUCCUGAUUCUUUUAACACUACAGAUGAUAGACCUGUUAGUUACAAUGAACUGUUUGACCUUGGCACUCAAGAUCUUGUAGAUGAAGCAAAUGCCAAUGUUAAUAAGCCUCCAAUACAUAGCUCUAUAGAGAGUAGUGUCCUAGCUAAUCCUGCACAUAGUAAUGCACAUGUUUCAAAUGCACCUGACAUAUUUGAGCCCUCAUAUAAUAGUAGAUCAUCAUCUAGGCUCACAAAUAGUGAUCUAAAUCUUAUGGCACCAAAACAAUCAACCAAAAGACUAAAGAGUCAACAGCAGUAUAAAACAUCUCCCCCAAAACCUAGCUCUUUCCAAAUUAAAAAUCCAUUUGAUACUGAAACAGAAAAUGCCAUGCUAGACCAUUCUAUUGAUUAUGAUAUGCCUAAUCAACAAUCUACCUCUGAAAUAAGCCAAACUCAGAUCAUUGUGGUUGACAAGUCAAGUGUUAGGCACAACCAAGUGCAAUAUAGUGAUAGUAUAGAUGGUGCCUACAUUGAGGCAGAUGGUGACAGUCAGGAUUAUGUAAUAAUUGAUUCGCUAGAGUCCCCAACAUUGAAAUGCAGCCCUACAGUUGCAUCUGAUGAGGAUGAUGAAUUCAACAGCUUAGUAGUUGAUAACCUUAUAUCUGCUGGUGCUCAGAAGGACCCAGAAUCAGGGGCAUUUGUUAUAUCAGUAGAAAAUGAUAUCAAUAUGGACAAUAAUGAUAAUGAUGACAUACAUAGUGAUACAAGUGCUGACAUUACUAAGGAUCCUAAAUUGGAUAAUUGGGAUAUGAUUUCUGUGAGUAAAUCUGAUAAAGACUUUAGUAGUGACAGUGAUCAUUCAAUUCAAGAGAUUGAGGAGGACCCAACAUAUUCAGAUGUUAAUGUUCAAAGACCCAAUCCAAUACAAGAAGAAUCAGAAGAUGCUAACCCUGUGGAAUCUAUGAGCAAUUCUGAUGAUGCAAACUCACAUAUUAAUAAGUCAGACACAGAGUUGGUUGAAGUACAGAUCGAAGAAGUAGAUUAUAAAUAUAAUGACACAUAUGUUGUAGAGGAUAGACCUCAUAGUCUAGAUAAGUUAGAACCAGCAGAUAGUACAAUAGAAGACCAUGCAACUGAUAAUAACACUAUUGGAAUUGAAAAGCAAGAAAAUAAAGAUAAUAUGAUUCAAUCUAUGAGCAACCUCGAUGAUACAAACUCAGAUAUUAACAAGCCAGACACAGAGUUGAUCGACACAUAUGUUGUAGAGGAUAGACCUCAUAGUCUCGAUAAGUUAGAACCAGCAGACAUUGCAACAAUAGAAGACCAUGCAACUGAUAACACCACCAUUGGAAUUGAUAAGACAGAAAAUGAAAAUAAAAUAAUUCAGCCUGAAUUGGCAGAAGCAAUCAACAAAAAUCCAUUUAGGGUUAAUGAAUAUGCCCCAUUGUUAAAAUCCAAUAGGGUGUUUGAAAGUGAGAAUGAUGAUAUUAUGGCAUCUACAAAUAAGGACAAUCAGGUCGCCUCUGAACAAAACAAAAAUCAGCCACAACAGGAAACUAUUAAAGCAAAGCAGACAGAAAUCACUUAUGGUCACCAGAAGACUGUUAUUAAGGCACAUGUCACAGCAAUGAAUGAAAACACAUCCCCACAUUUAAUUAAAGCAAAUGUGACAAAGAUUACACAAGAGCCAUCACUGACUGUAAUCAAAGCUCAUAUCACUGAAUCAACCGAUGAAGAUAACACAGAUUUAAAACAGAAAUGUGAUAAUGACAUUGAGUUAGACUUGAAUGCCAAUGUUGCUGUAAGUGGUGAUAGAUUUAAUCAAGUUAACACCAGAAAGGAUGCUAUGGAAUUAGAUGUAACACGAGGAAAUGUUGAUGAUACCCCUAGCAUUAUAUUAAAUGGCAAUGAUACACUGGAAGAGGAAGAAGAUUCAGAUGAUGAUGACUUCACUACAACUGAAUUUAAACUUGAACUCCUUCGAGCUUCCCUCAAACCAUUAGAACAACACAAGUUGAGCCCAGAAAGUGAUGAGGAAACUACUGAAAAGAAAAGAGUUAACCUGUAUGAUGACAUACAGCGUGCAAUACGACAUCAUUAUGUUGACCCAGAACAUGAUUAUGAUGCCUCAACAUCCCAUUUAGAAAAGGUGAAAUACAAAACUUCUAGUCCAGAAUAUAAAAGAGUUGAGUGCAGAGAUGAUUUCUUAGAUGAAGAACCAGCGAUUGAUUUGGAAAAUCCAAUUCACUUUGAAAAAAUGAGUAAAGAAGAACUCAACAAUUUCAUCAUCAAUGAUAUGUUUGAAGAUAAUGCAUCAGAUAUUCUUCCUGCAAUUCCUGAGGAGAAUGGUGAAGAUUCAGAGGAUGAGGAACAUGUAUCUCAAGUUAUGGAGUUUGCUUAUGGCCAACAAGCAGACAGCUGGUUAGUGACUAAUGUACCAACCGCAGAAGACAAAUCAUCACCAACAAAGCCCCCUAGAAUGUCAACUUCAAAGAAAGCUUCUCCAAUCAGUGGUAUAUUGAAACUGAUAACUGGUAAAGACAAAAAUAAGCCAGAAAAAGAUGACAAAUCAGAUCAACCUGAUAGAAAAGCCCUUACUCUUGAUAUAUCCAAAUCCUCACAGAACAAUACUUUGUCCCCUAUUAUUGAAAGCCCAGUUGUUAAAGAUACCAUACAUGAUCAUGAUGAGCCUAAAGAAUCAAAAUCUGUAGCUGAUCGAUUGUUGUCACUUUUUACCCCAGAAACAUCCAUGCCUCCUGAUUUGUCUCCCAUUAUUGAAAGUCCAUCAAUGAUUGGUCCAAAUCAAGAUGACUCAGAAAUUGACCUUUACCCAAAAUUUGUUCCUCCACCCAAAUCUGAACCUCAACCAAAUGCAACAAUUAUUGAAAUAGGAAAUGGAGACAGUGUGUGUGUUAGUCCUGGAACAGUUUUUAUCCCUACUUUUGCUCAAGAAUUUGAUGGCUCAGAUAGCAGCCUUACCAGUGCUCAGCAUGUAAUACCAGCCAUUGAUGAGUCAAAUAUUCUUUUAAAUGAGCCAAAAGUGUCUAGUGAUGAAAAAGAGGAUGAUGAUGAAAUAGAUGUUAUACAGAAUAAAAUUGAGUCUCUACCAAAUAUAAUUUCAUUAGAAUAUGAAGGACCUAUUAGAAUUGGUGGUGGGGUGAUAGAAGAGCCAACUACUAUCAGUGAUGUACAUGCUGAAAAUUCCAAUGAUUAUCAAGAUGAUGACAAUGAAGAUGUUAUAGAAACUACCCCUAGAGUGAACAUGGAUCCUGAACAGCGAAUUCCUGAAUUUGAAGAUAACUCAUUGUCAUUGGAUUUCAGUGAUGAUGCUUCAAGUCUUUAUUCAAUUCAUUUAGAGGAGAUCACAAAUCUGAGUACAGCUUUAGCAGCAGAUAUGAUAAAUGAAACUGAUAUUAAUCCGACCAGUCAACUAAGAAUAGAUGACCCAAAUAACCCCAUGUGGCAUAAUUCUGUAAAAUAUGACAAUGUCCAAGAGCAAUUGCCUGGUGAAUAUAAAAAAGAUCUAAUAGCUUCAGGAACUUCAACAGUUACUUGUAUUGAUGCCCCUAUUGAUAUUGAAGAAGAAACAAGAAAUGUAGAGCAUGGAAUUGUGAAGCAUGAAGUUGUGAAGACAGAAGAAUCAACAAUUAUAGAAACUGACAUUUCCCAAGUAGCUAUAGUAACUGAAACUGAAGACCAAACAAUUGAAGAAAUGAAUGCAUCUGGCGAAACAUAUGUGAAUAACGAUAUCACAACAGAACAGGAGACAAUCCUGCAUGAGGGUACUACACUUAUUGAUUGCAGACCAUAUGAGAAUGUUUCAGAAAGUGAAAGUGAGAGUGACCUUUCUGAUAUAAUGGAGUAUAACAUAAGCUUACAGAGCACCCAGAGUGUAGAUACAUCUGAUAUCAUUGCUACAGAUAAAACAACCGUUGUUACAAGUCAGGUCAUAAAAAGAGAUGUUGUAAAUGAUACAACUGUUAUAUCAUCCACUGAGAAAAUGAUAACCCCCAUUACUGUAGAACCUAUUCCAGUAAAGAGCAUUGAAUCUGAAAAUGAUAUAUCUGUUCAACCAACUACAGUUUCUCCAACAUCUCAUUUUGAAGUUAUUGAAGAUAAUGAAGCACCCAAUGGAGAACAAACAUUAGCAACACAUAUGGAUGUUGCUGAAGACAUUGAAACAUCUCUGUCUUUUAUUAAAACUGAAUAUGAAGUUCCAGCUUUUGAACCCAUUGAAACUGAUACUGAGUCUUUAGAUGAUGAACUAAAUGCAAUGGUGGCAAGAAAUUCAUUUACUGGUGAUGAUGAUAAUAUACUGCCUACAUCUAUAGAUGAGAUUAUGAAGCAAGAGUUUGAAAAUAAGGACAACACAGAAAAUAUACCUCCACAAGUCCCAGUUGAAUCUAUUGUUCAACUACAGCAUAUGGAUGUUGCUUCAGAAUUCAAAUUGAGUACUCAGGCAAAGACGGGCAAGCCAGAAGAGUCCACUCAAGCACAGCAUGAGAACAUUGCUCCAGAAAUCAAGAUUGAACCACUGAAAGAGCUCAAUAUGAAAGAAGAUGAAACUUCCAAGGAUAAUGUUUCAGAGGAAGUAGAUCUAAGAGUACAUGAGAUCUCUCAAGAUAUCAUAAUUAAAGCUCAGCAAGAAGCAGUAUUUGAAUAUAUGAAGAAACAUGAAGUCUUAUUUCAUGAUGAACCAACAGAUAAUAUCAUGAGAAUAAAUGGGAAUGAUGACAUCCAUGAUGGGAAAUCCACUCCCAAUGUUUUAUCUGAUAUUCCUACUGAUGGUAUUGAUACAAAUGCUCCGGAAAUCAAACUUAGUACACAGACAUAUUGUGAGGACAAUAUUCCUGAAAUCAAGACAGAUCCACUAGUAGAAUUUUUAAUUCGAGCUCAAAAUGAAGUUGUUGUCCCAGAAAUCAAGACAAAUCCACCUGAAGAAUUUGUUGUUCAACCCCUUCAUGAAGACAUUGCUCCAGAAAUCAAGACAGAUCCACCAGUAGAAUUUGUUAUUCAAGCUCAAAAGGAGUAUAUCAUUUCAGAAAUCAAGUCAGACACACAGGAAGAGUCUAUUAAUCAAGCACAACAUAAAUACAUCGAUCUAGAUAUCAAAAUUGAACAACCAGUAGAUUUAAGCUUGAAGGAAGAUGAAACUCCAAAGAAUAUCAUUCCAAAAGAAACAGAUCUGAGAGUCAAUGAAAUCUCCCAAGAUAUCAUGAUUAAAGCUCAACAAGAAGCAGUGUUUGAAUAUAUGAAGAAACAUGAAGCAUUAUUUCAAGAUGAACCAACAGAUACCAUCAUGACAAUGAACGCGAAUGAUGAGCUCUAUGAUGGGAAAUCCACUCCUAGUGUUUUAUCUAAUAUUCCUACUGAUGGUAUUGAUACAAAUGCUCAAGAAAUCAAACUUAGUACACAGAUAUAUUGUGAGGACAGUGCUCCAAAAAUCAAGACAGAUCUACCAGAGGAAAUUGUUAUUCAAUCUAUAAGCAAAGACAUUGUCCAAGAAAUCAAAACAGAUCUACCAGAAGAAAUUGUUAUUCAAUCAAACAAAGACAUUGUCCCAGAAAUCAAAACAGAUCUACCAGAAGAAUUUGUUAAUCAAGUUCAAAAGGAGGAUAUGGUUUCAGAAAUCAAGACAGACACACAUGUAGAGUCUAUUGUAGAGUUAAGCUUGAAAGAAGAUGAAAUUCCAAAGAAUAUUAUUUCGGAGGAAGCGGAUCUGAGAGUCAAUGAAAUCUCCAAUGAUGUCAUGAUUAAAGCUCAGCAUGAAGCAGUGUUUGAAGAUAUGAAGAACCAUAAAGUUGAACCAGCAGAUAAUAUCACAAGAAUAGGCAUGAAUGUUGACAGCUAUGAUAGCGAAUCCGCAACCACAUCCAAUGCGUUAUCUGAUAUUUCUACUGGUAUAAUUGAUAAGAAUAUUGGUGAACCUGAAGAAUAUGUGCCUAACACACCUGUUCAAAAGUCAAUAUCAAAUGCCUCAACUGUAUCAGUAUCCAGCACAUUAGUGAAAACAUCAUCUAGUGCAUCAUCAAACAACUCUGAGGAUGUAAAGAAAAAGAAGAAGUCUAAAUUCAAUAUUUUCUCAACUAAGGAUUCAGAAACUAGACCAACAUCUACCUCUCUUGUGAAAUCACCAUCAAGUGCUUCAUCAAAUAUGGAAGAUGAUCUGGAUUCAUCAGAAACUGAUAAGAAAAAAUCUAGGUUCGGUUUCUUAAGAUUACCAAAGCGGAAGAAAAAAGAUAAGUCAAAACAGGAGAACAAAAAUAAAUCCUCUGCGUCAUCUAUGGAUUUGUCACCUAGUUACGUAGAAUAUGGCGAUGACUCAAGAGAAGCAGCCAUUGAUGUUUCUUUUAAGGAUGAAGACAGUCGAAAUGAUGAGUUGGUUACCCCAGUUGAGAAAACCAGUACCCCAACAACAAUAAUUCCAGAACCAGAGAUUGUUAUUCAAGCAGUAGAGGGUGGAGAAAAGAAACUUGAUGACUCUUCUGAGACUAUUAGUAAUACACUUACUGCACAUGAAGUUGCUGUUAAAUCCAUUCUGCAUAAUAAAGAUGAAUCAUCACCAAGGCUUGACAGAAAGUCCAAAUUUAAACAUGCUGUUUUGCCUAUGGAAGAAUCACCACCAAAACAAUCUGAUUUACAAUGGUAUGCAUAUAGCAUCAACCUUAACCCAGAGGACAAACCAGAAGAUAUCUCGCCUUUAGGACAUGGGUCACCUAUCGGGAUAAGGAAAGAUAGUUUUGAAGAAGCAAAACUGAAAGAUAUUGGGGAUUUAGAAGGGAUGUCUGAAAUCAGGAAACCAUUAAAUGAUGUUGGAUCUGACUCUAGUAACAACUCAGAACUUGAACGUAUUGAACUUGAAAAGGAUCAAGAAAGUUUUGUUGAAGAAAUCAACAAGGCCUUAUACAAUCCAAUUAUCAAUCAACUAGGGGAACCUAAUAUGCCAAAUGUAAAAGCUGAACCAGUACAAUUAACAAAUGGAACUGAAGACGUUGAUAUACCAUAUAUUACAUCAAAUGAUGUAGAGAUUCUGGAAAGUACACCAGCAAGUACUGUUCUUGUAAAUACCAGCAAUAGAGAUGUCUCAUCACCUAAAAGUCCAUUAAUGAGUAGUCCAAGAAGACAUUCUAUAGAAAGUAACAGCUCAGAAAACAGUUGCACCCCCACUAGACCUAGAAGGGCACCUCGACGUAAGCACAAAUCAAGAGUUCCGUCAGUAGAUCGUGAAAGAAAAAUUUCAAUAGAAGAUAUAAGAAAAGAUGUAGAUUAUCUAGAGAAAAAAGAAAAUUUCGAAGAAAUCAAUGCAGAAAUACAGGUGCCUAGUAGAAAACCAUCAGAUGAAAUAAGUAUGACUAUAUCUCAAGAUAAUAAAGAAUCCAGGGAUGAUAUUCCCGAAGUGACUGAAGAGAGUGACCAGUCUGGAGAAGAACCACGAGAACAGAACACCAAAUCUAAUGCUUUGGACUUUGAACCCAAGGUUGAAUCUGACAUACCACAUCAAAACCAAGACAGAUCAAGACAUGUUGAACAUGUCAAUGUUCGGAAACAGUCUCCUGUAGUUGUUGAAUUUCUUGAGGAUGAUGAAGAAGAUGACAUUUUAGUUGGACAGAAUUAUGAAGGGGCUUAUCCAGGAGAUACAGGGGUUUACAGAGCUAGCAGCUUUGAAAAUCUCUACCAUGGAAGAUCAGUUAGCCAAAGAACAUUCAUGAAAGACCAAUUAGAUUUUUAUGAUUCUGAUGAAUUUACACUUGAUGACAAACAUUCAGUAAGUCAUGAAGAUAACAAACAAGAAAUAAAAGAUGAAGCUCAAGAUGAUUUGAAUGGAGUUUUGAGCAAGUCUGAUGCUAUUUGUCUAUCUAAUGCUUCUCCUCAGGAAGAAUCUGUUGCUCACAUGAGUACUCUUGAUAAGGAUGGUAUUAAUACUGCUGGGGCUACUUUGCCCAAUUUACAAAAUAAGCCUGAUCUUGACUUGUCACCAUACAUUGAAUAUGAUCCACCUUUGAACCUAAAUCUUGACACACCUAACAAACAAUCUAUAGUCCCUUUUAUUAGUGAAAUUCAAUCAUCUGAUAACAGUGUACCUUCUGACAAUAUCCCUACUAACACUCUUGAAUCUAACAAACUCCCUGUAUCUAAUAGGGAAGAUCCAAAGCAUGCUGUUGAUGUAUCUACAUCUGAUGUAGGAACUAUCCCCUCUGAUAAAGAUUCUGCUUUAUGUAGGGAUAUUGAUGUUGACCAUCAGCUUCAGUCUCAGCUUGAGUCUAGUGUAUCUUCAAAUGUAGAUUCAGUGAAUGCUUUGGGAAGGGACUAUUCUAUGUCUAACAACUCUGUGAUUUCAGCCACUGGUGAUUCUUCAUCUCUCGCUCACUCUACAAAAACUAACACUCCACCCCUCCGAGUUCCCACCCACAACAAUGCAGUAGCUAAAUCAGAUAAUGAACUUAAUGUCCAAGUUGAGAAAGUUCAUGUUGAGAAUCACUUCUAUGACAGUGAAACGAGUGAAACUACAGCCUCAGAAGAAUUUGAGGUUCUUUCAAUGGCCGAAGAAGAUCAAAAUAAUAUUAAUUAUGAUGGUGAACAUAUAUUUGGUCAUAGUGGAAACCUUUACCAAGCUGUGAGAGUAGAUGAUGAAUAUGACUUAGAUAUAGAUCAAGGUAUUGGUGAUGAUGAAGAUGAUAUGGAAUUAGAAUCUAAGAAGAAGAAUAUUCCUGAUAUAGUCAUUGAGCCUCCUACGCCAUAUCACAAGAGAAAUACAAAAUCAAAUGAUUCCAAAUCCCCAGUUGAUGAAGUUGUUAAUCCUGACAAUAUCAGUAAGAAAAAUGGCCAUGACAUCAUUACUGAAUCUUCUAGCAAUCUUGAGUUUGAAACCACUGAGAUAACAACUUCAGACAGAGAAACCUUGGCAAAACACCUUGAUGAACUGAAUGCUGAUGAUGUUGAUGAUGGCAUCGAAAAUCAACAUGGUAGCUAUGAUGAUAUUAACCUUGAUACACUGUUGUCUGUUGAUGGUUAUGAAGACUUGUCUGAUGAUAUUUCUGAGCUAGGAGAUGAUAUUGAUGAUGAUGAUAUAUCCAUGUUAGAAGAAAGCAAUACUGAUGUUGAUGUUUCUUUUAUUAAAUCAAAAGUUCUUAAUGAUGUUCCAAUGUCAAAUGGUCACAUAGCUAAGAUUGAAAAUGAUAUUGAUGACAAUGUGGACCAGUCUCCAUCUUCUACUACAAAUGAGGAUAAAGCUCAUACAAAUGACAAUAGUAACGCUGAUGUAUCAGAUGUUGAAAAUGAAGUUAAAAGCACAAACAGAAAUUUUGAAAAUGAAAAUGAAUUAGAAUUGAAACCACUUCCACCGAAAAGAAAAAGGUCUAAAGGAAAGCAAGUCAUGGUUGAUGGGCCAUCUUUGGAAAAAGAUGUGCCUGUUGCUCCAUUGCGAAGGAGAAAUAACACUUCUACUAAAUCUGAGGAGCAAGGCCAAGAGAAUCCGUCUGAUGCCAACCAUGACACACCACAUGUGAAUGGAGUAAAGUCUAAAGCAGACGAAGCAGUGCCUUCCAUUAAAGUGACCGAGCAUACAACAGAGGAUGAGGUAGAUUUAACAGAAAAGGAGUUUGAAGAGCUGGCCGAUGAUUUCCCGGAAGAUGAAAAUAUUGACGAGUUGUUUAUGUCUCAUAAGUCUGUUGGUAAUUUACAGAGCAGUAAUCUCACAAGCAGUCAAGAGAGCAUUAUGAGCAUAUACAGUGAAGCAGGGGAAGGCUAUUAUGGCAUACCAGUCGAAGGGGACAUACAGUUUGCCAUAGAUUUCAACUAUAAAACAGAUGUAUUAACCGUCAAUAUCAGACAAUGCAAGCAUUUAGCAGCUGUGGAUCCAAAAAGGAAUAGAUCUGAUCCGUAUGUAAAGGUUUACCUGCUCCCAGAUAGGACCAAGGGUGGCAAAAGAAAAACAAGAGUAAAGAAACACACACUGAGUCCAACAUUCAAUGAGAGCUUAAAGUACCAUAUCACUAAAAGUGAGUUAGAGACGAGAAUUCUUCUGGUGUCUGUGUGGCAUAAUGAUUCAUUUGGCCGCAACGCAUUCCUGGGUGAGGUUUCCAUACCUUUGGAAGAUAGGAGCUUUGACUACAAUGUUCCGGAAUGGUACAAACUUCAAGAAAGGGAUAAGAGUCAAGCUCAAUUACUAAGUUACAAAGGUGAUUUCUUCAUUGAUUUGAAGUACAUCACAGGCGACAAAGUCGAAGCUAAAGAAUCUCCAACUAAAAAGAAAAGCAAGAAGCCAGCGCCACCUGUACACAGUCGUGGUGAACUACAUGUCAUUGUGAAAUCCGCAAUUAAUCUAACUGCAAUAAAAUCGGCUGGGUAUUCAGACCCUUUCUGCAAAGGAUAUCUUCUCCCAGACAAGUCCAAAAAAGCGAAAAUGAAGACUCCCGUUGUUAAGAAAAAUUGUAACCCAGUCUGGAACCACACAUUUGUAUUUGAAGAUGUACCAUUGGCAGACUUAAAGGAACGAUCCCUUGAGUUAACAAUAUGGGAUUAUGAUAGACUGUCCAGUAAUGACUUCCUGGGUGGGGUUCGACUCAACUUGGGAACAGGUGAGAGCAAUGGGAAAGAAGUUGAAUGGAUGGAUGCUAGGGGCGAUGAAGUAUCUCUAUGGCAACGAAUGCUUUCUAGUAAAAACCAAGUGAUCACUGGCAGCCUUCCACUGAGACCUAAUAUGGACUAUAUUAAAAUGAAACCAUCAUGAACCUUAUAAGGAGCCAUGAGCCAUAUAAGGAGUUUAAAUAUCAUUUACCUUAUAUGGAAUUUAUAUAUGACAAUGUAACAAUCAUAUCAUCAUGAAUAUUUUGUGUCUUACAUGCUAACAUUGUGAAGUACUUUAACACCUUGAUUUGAUCUUCAUUCAAAUAUUAUAAAACCCAAUGACUUAAUUUUAAGAUCAGGAAACUAAUAUAUGAAUCAUAUAUCAUAUGAGAAUCAGUGGUCUUCAUGAAAAAUAUAAAAUGAACUAAGUGUGAUACUAUAGUACAACUGAACCCUUCAGUCUACAUCAAUAUUUUUAAAUAUAAAACCCACCACAAGGUAGCCUUUAUUGAAGACAAACUAGGUCU